AAAAACAAAUAAACAAUCCAGCCAAAUAAUGGUAACUUAGAGAUAGCCUCUCGCAAUCUCCUCCCGGGUUCUGCGGCAGUUUCGGAAACUUUCCACUUAAGACACCAGUGCUGCGCACCUGCCCCUGGAGGCUGGGCCGGGACCGCGAGCCUGGGGCAGGCUGGGAAGCUUUUCUGGGAGGGCGGCGGUCCCUGCGGGGUGGUCGGGAGAUCGCAGGGAGGAGUCAAGGGGCGUGAAGCGGAAAGACUACAUCUCCCAGGCCGCCACGCUUUCCAGCUGGAGUCCUAGGGCGCUGACUGCUCCCCAGUUUCCGUAGGGAAGCGCCCGGCCACCGCAGCUAUUGUACGUUGUGCUCUCGCCCUCCUCUUCCCGCUUGGAUGUCUGUGGGGGAAGGCUACGUUUCGUUGCCGCCUCGGCUUAACCCCUCCGGCGCCUAAGAGGACAAUAGGCCGGCUCCCUGAGACCAGGGAAAACUCCUGAGGACCGUAGGGUGCGUGGAAGACAGCUGGAGAAGCAGCUCGAGUGCUCGUUUUCGACCCUGCCAUCAGAACCAUGGGGCAUCCUCCUCUGGAGUUCAGCGACUGCUACCUGGACAGCCCCAAUUUCCGCGAGAGGCUCAAGUGUUAUGAGCAGGAGCUGGAGAGGACCAAUAAAUUUAUCAAGGACGUGAUCAAAGACGGCAACGCUCUUAUUAGCGCAAUGAGAAAUUAUUCCUCAGCUGUUCAGAAGUUUUCCCAGACGCUACAGUCCUUUCAGUUUGAUUUCAUUGGAGACACUCUGACCGAUGACGAGAUCAACAUUGCUGAAUCCUUCAAGGAAUUUGCUGAAUUACUCAGUGAAGUUGAAAAUGAAAGGAUGAUGAUGGUACACAAUGCUAGUGAUCUGCUGAUCAAACCCCUGGAAACUUUUCGGAAGGAGCAAAUAGGCUUCACCAAGGAGCGGAAAAAGAAAUUUGAAAAGGAUGGUGAGAGGUUUUAUUCUUUGCUGGAUCGGCACUUACAUCUGUCUUCCAAAAAGAAAGAAUCUCAGUUACAAGAGGCAGACCUGCAGGUGGACAAGGAGAGGCACAUUUUUUUCGAGUCCUCCCUCGAUUAUGUCUAUCAGAUCCAGGAAGUUCAGGAAUCUAAGAAGUUCAAUAUUGUGGAGCCAGUCUUGGCCUUUCUCCACAGCCUCUUCAUUUCCAACAACCUGACUGUGGAGCUCACACAGGAUUUCCUCCCCUACAAACAAAAACUCCAGCUCAGUUUGCAGAAUACAAGAAACCAUUUCUCUAGUACCCGAGAAGAGAUGGAAGAACUUAAGAAAAGGAUGAAAGAGGCUCCCCAGACAUGCAAACUUCCAGGACAGCCAACCAUUGAAGGCUAUCUCUAUACUCAAGAGAAAUGGGCUUUGGGAAUAUCCUGGGUGAAAUACUACUGCCAGUAUGAGAAAGAGACCAAAACACUCACCAUGACACCAAUGGAACAGAAGCCAGGUGCUAAGCAGGGGCCUUUGGACUUAACCCUGAAGUACUGCGUGAGAAGGAAGACGGAGUCAAUUGACAAGAGGUUCUGUUUUGAUAUAGAAACUAAUGAAAGGCCAGGAACCAUCACGCUGCAAGCCCUUUCAGAAGCUAACAGAAGGCUGUGGAUGGAGGCCAUGGAUGGGAAAGAGCCUAUCUACCACAGCCCCAUAACGAAACAGGAAGAAAUGGAGCUGAAUGAAGUGGGCUUCAAGUUCGUUAGAAAGUGCAUCAAUGUCAUUGAGACCACAGGGAUCAAGACAGAGGGAUUGUACCGUACCGUGGGCAGCAAUAUUCAGGUUCAGAAGCUGCUGAACGCCUUUUUUGAUCCUAAAUGUCCAGGAGAUGUUGAUUUUCAUAAUAGUGACUGGGACAUUAAGACAAUCACCAGCUCCUUGAAAUUCUACCUCAGGAAUCUUUCUGAACCCGUCAUGACCUAUAGACUACAUAAAGAGCUGGUGUCUGCUGCCAAGUCUGACAACCUGGAUUAUCGACUGGGAGCGAUCCACUCCUUGGUAUAUAAGCUACCAGAAAAGAACCGGGAGAUGCUGGAACUUCUUAUAAGACACUUGGUCAAUGUAUGUGAGCACAGCAAAGAGAAUCUUAUGACCCCCUCCAACAUGGGGGUGAUCUUUGGUCCCACGCUGAUGAGAGCUCAGGAGGACACUGUGGCUGCCAUGAUGAACAUCAAAUUCCAGAACAUUGUGGUAGAAAUAUUAAUUGAGCACUUUGUCAAGAUCUAUUCAGGUCCGCCUGAGGAGAGUGCUGCACCCCCAGUGCCUCCACCUCGAGUGACAGCAAGAAGGCACAAACCAAUCACGAUUUCAAAGCGCUUGCUGCGGGAAAGGACAAUUUUCUAUACUCCUCCCCUGGAUGGAAGUGAAGGUGAAAUCCCACAUCAAACACCCAAUGGUACUAUCGCCAACAGUAUAGAACCCCCCAAACUGCCACAGUAUCCCAACCUGCCUAUUCAGAAGAGUGGGGAAGCUGAUCCUGGGAGGAAGUCGCCAAGCAGGCUUGUUUCAGACGGCAAAUUGGAUUCCUGCCCUGAGGUGGACGUCGGGAAGUUGGUGUUUAGGCUGCAGGAUGGAGGGACCAAGGCCAUGCCGAAGGCCACCAAUGGACCUGUGCCGGGCUCUGGGCCCACAAAAGCCCCCUCUUUCCACAUAAAGAGACCAGCUCCUCGGCCACAGCCUUAUCCCAAGGAGGCAGACUCUGACAGUUUCAGCAAAGUGCGGCCUCCAGGAGAAAAGCCAACCAUCAUCCGUCCCCCGGUGAGGCCUCCUGACCCUUUCUGCAGGGCGCCUACUCCCCAGAAAACAGAACCAAAGCCAGAUAUUGUAGCUGGCAAUGCAGGGGAAAUCCCAUCAUCCGUGGUGGCUUCCAGGACCAGGUUCUUUGAAACAGCUUCCCGGAAAACAGGAAGUUCUCAAGGCAAACUUCCUGGAGAUGAGAGUUGAGGCCUCAGGUUGUAAAAGCCUUGGCCUCAUAAGACCCUGUCCCAGUUCUAAAAGGGUCUUCUUCAAACACUUGUGUGCUGACUCAUUUUGUGCUGAAGAGCAUCUCCUUCCUGGCCCUGCCCCAUCAGGCUCUUGGAUACUAUAAAUAGAGUGCACAUGUCCUAGAACAGGUUUAUUUCUCCUUUGUAUUCUGUCUUUAUCCCCUCAGAAAGUCUACGUUGAGCUCCUGUAGACUGUGAAUGUCAGACCUCCCUCAAGCCAAACUCUGCAUAAACCAAGUUAUCCAUUCACCUGAGCUGGAGAGUGGAGCUCAGUUUUCAACUCUUCUCUGAACUUCCUGCCUCCUCAAAAGGUCAUCAAAUGCAAAGAUUUGGGGCUAACCACUGAUAUCAAAGGUCUUACCCUGAACAAAAAGCUACUUUGGUUGGGGCCAUUGAUUACCCUGGAAGCAGGGAAGUAGGAAUGUUUGCUAAACAUUGGAGAAUCCUAACAUGCCUCUUAUUGAUGAGGUGGAGCCUGGUGCCAGCUUGGAGCUCUGGCCCUGCAAUGUGUUGCCAAGAACCUGUCUACUCCCAUGGGGCUAGACAGCUUGGAUGAUGCCCCCCACAACCUUCCAUGUGGACUCAGGAAGGUGGCCUUCCUGCUCUUGCCAACAGCCACUUAGGACAAAUCUGCAAAGCACGUUUUGCAUGUCAAAGCCUCCGACUCUUUGAAUUAAUCAUCUGCCUGUUUUCUCCUAGCAGCCUCCUUUCCAAGAAAUCAGGAAAGAAAAGCUGAAAACAGUUCUUUAAAAAAGGGAGACUGUGCUUGUCCUUCAGGAGUUCCAUUUUGGGGUCAAAUGCUGGGAAAAAUUGUCAAGGUGGAUUGAGGCCGGGCAGCUGUCACGUUACAUUGUGUUUGCCUUCUGCAGUUAAGCUCUUUUAUCUCCUGAAAGAAGCAGUUUUUAACCCAGUGUCCAUGCAUGCAGGAACAUCAUGGAGUCUCUGAAAUGGUAUAUAGAAUUCCAGGACAAUGUGCUGGUUCUGGAGAGAUGUCCAUAACAUUCUACUGAAAUGGGCCUGUGACCCAAUAAAGGUUAAGAACCACA